CAAAAGAAGCCCACCCCGGGCCCGUCCCCGCUGCCUGCAUCUGCGUCCAUCUGCGUCCAUCUGCCUCGAUCAUCGCCGCAGCUCUCUGCGCACCCAAAACCUCUUGUCGUCGGCACAUUUGCCUCGCUCUUCCCCUCCCGCUGCGCUCCUCAUCUGCUGCCUGGCUCUGCUGACCCCGCUUGCUCCCGCUUGCUCCCGCUCGUCCCUGUCGCCUCUUCGCCUCCAUGAAACAAAAGUCGCUCAAGCCCCAGUCCCCGGCCUACCACCCCCCUGGCCUUGGAACGUGCCUGGAGCAGCUCAAGACCAAGCUGCCGGCUGACGCCGUCGUGACUGACCAAGGCGACCUUGCCUCCAGCUCGCACGACUUUUCCUACCACUCGCCUCGCCUGCCCCACGCCGUCGUGACCUGCUCGAGCGAGAGCCAGGUCAUCGAUGUCCUCAAGACCUGCAACCAGCACAGCGUCCCUGUUAUUCCCUGGACCGCCGGAACCUCGCUCGAGGGCCACACCAUCCCCUCCCGCAUCGGCGGCCUCCUCGUCGACGUCUCCAAGAUGGACAAGAUCCUGGCCAUCCACCCCAAGGAUCUCGACUGCGUCGUUCAGCCCGGCAUCGGCUGGAUGCGACUGAACACCGAGCUCAACAAGCACGGCCUGUUCUUCCCUCCCGAUGCCGGAGGCGGCGCUUGCAUCGGCGGCAUGUGCGCCACGUCGUGCUCCGGCACCUUUGCCUGGCGAUACGGCACCAUGAAGGAAAACGUCAUCGGCAUCAAGGCCGUCCUGCCAGACGGCACCGUCGUCAAGACCAAGAGACGGCCCCACAAGAGCUCGGCCGGAUACGACCUGACCCACCUCUUCAUCGGCUCCGAGGGCACCCUUGGCGUCAUCACCGAGAUCACCCUCAAGCUCAAGCGCCUCCCGGUCGAGACCCAGAUCGCCCGUGUCCAGUUCGAGACCAUCCGCGAGGCCGCCCAGCUCGUCGAGGCCAUCGUCGCUGCCGGCGGCAUGUCUGUCGAGCGCCUCGAGCUCAUGGACGACCUGACCGUCAAGAGCGUUAACCUGGCAUACAAGACGACCCUGCCCGAAAAAACCACGCUGCUGAUGGAGUUUGCUGGCUCGUCGAACGCGAUCAAGGAACAGUCCACCAAAGUCAAGGAGCUCGCCCAGCAGUUCCGCUCCAUCUCCUUUGACGUGUCGUCCAACCAGAAGGAGGCCAAUGAGCUCUGGUCCGUGCGCAAGCGUGCUUUCUUUGCCAGCAAGCAUCUCCACCCGGACCCCAACUCGGUCUCGAUCCUGACCACAGAUGUGUGUGUGCCGCCCUCUCACCUGGCCGAGAUCCUCGAGAUUACCAAGAAGGACCUGGUUGAGUCCAACCUCAUCGGCAGCAUCGUCGCCCACGCCGGCGACGGCAACUUCCACGUUUUCCUGCUGACCGACAAGCUCCAUCGCGACCAAGAUCAGCUGCGACGUGUCGAAGAGUUCCGCGACCGCAUGGCCAAGCGAGCGUUGGCCAUGGACGGCACCGUCACUGGCGAGCACGGCAUCGGCAAGGGCAAGAUGAAACUGCUCGUUGAGGAGCUCGGUGAAAACGCCAUCGAACUCAUGAGGAAGAUCAAGGACGCCGUCGACCCCAAUGGCAUCAUGAACCCGGGCAAGGUCUUCUGGACCAAGAAAUGGCUGACCAUCCUGGGAGCUUCCAAGCUCUAGACACCGGGCAGUCUGGGCCGGCCGGACCAUUGGCGUGAAGCAUUGGCCGCAAAGCACCGAUGCGCCCUGCCAGUCCUCCCUCCCUCUCUCCCUGUCUCUCUCUCUGUGCCUCUCUUGGGAUCAGACCUGCGCUUUGUUGUUUUCUUUCGCUUCUCCUCUCUCUGAUCGUUGCUAUACAAUACCUCACCGCUAUUUUGAACGUUCUUCUCCAGUCCUCCUUUGAUUGCAAAGCCGGUGUCGACCAAUCCACAAACCCUUGCUCGAUACCAUGCUUCAUGCGAUGGCAUAUGCUGCGAAGGAUUCUGAAAUGGCUCGGCGGCACAGCGCACGCCAAAAUGGAGGCUUGCCAGUGCUCAGUGUCAGUGCCAGUGUCAGUUGUUGAAUAGCCGCUUGUACUGACAGGCAUUGCUGCCUGUCCUUUUCAGCCCCUGUCUCUGUGACCGCUGUUUCUGAAUUAUACCGGGCUUUCUCCAAAGACAA